AAAAUACUCUGACCGGAAGUGUAGUUGCUGUGGCACACGGCAGCGGAACAAGGAAACCGUACGGGGAAGAUUUGGCCGUGCUCUCGCAUAAGUCUGUACUGACACACCGAGGAGGAUGUCUGCGUCGGUGAAUAAUCCCUUUCAGCGGAUAGUGGAGCCCCUGGACCCCACGGACCCAAAGAAGCGGUUUUACAAUCUUUCCAAACUCGGAGAUCCACGAUACGACCGUCUGCCCUUCUCCAUCCGGGUCCUCCUGGAGUCCGCCGUCAGGAACUGCGACGAGUUCCUGGUGAAGCGCUCCGACGUGGAGAGCAUCCUCAACUGGAAGCAGACCCAGACCCAGACUGUGGAGGUGCCGUUCAGACCAGCUCGGGUCAUCCUCCAGGACUUCACGGGGGUCCCCGCCGUGGUGGACUUUGCCGUGCGGGACGCGGUGACGAAACUAGGCGGCGACCCGGAGAAGAUCAACCCCGUUUGCCCCGCCGAUCUCGUCAUCGAUCACUCCAUCCAAGUGGACUUUAACCGGAAGUCUGACAGCCUUCAGAAAAACCAGGACCUGGAGUUUGACCGCAACAGAGAGAGAUUUCAGUUCUUAAAGUGGGGCUCUAAAGCCUUCAGGAACAUGCGGAUCAUUCCUCCUGGUUCGGGGAUUGUUCACCAGGUCAACCUGGAGUACUUGGCUAGAGUGGUGUUUAACUACGAGGGGUACUUCUACCCCGAUAGCCUGGUGGGCACCGACUCCCACACCACAAUGAUUGAUGGGCUGGGAGUCCUGGGCUGGGGUGUGGGUGGAAUUGAGGCCGAGGCGGUCAUGCUGGGUCAGCCAAUAAGCAUGGUCCUGCCUGAGGUGGUGGGGUACAAGCUGUCCGGGACCCCGGACAAGUUCAUUACCUCCACUGACAUUGUCCUCACAGUUACCAAGCACCUCCGUCAGGUGGGUGUCGUUGGGAAGUUCGUGGAGUUUUUCGGCCCAGGUGUUGCUCAGCUGUCCAUCGCCGACAGAGCCACCAUCGCCAACAUGUGUCCCGAGUACGGCGCCACGGCAGCCUUCUUCCCCGUGGACGACGUCAGCAUUCAGUACCUCAAGCAGACCGGCAGAGAUGCCGAGCAGCUGGCCUACAUUACAAAGUACCUGAAGGCGGUGGCCAUGUUCCGAGACUACGACGACGUCUCUCAGGAUCCAGAUUACACUCGGGUUGUAGAGCUGGAUCUGAGCGCCGUGGUUCCAUGCUGUAUCGGGCAAAGACCUCAGGACAGAAUUUCUGUGUCUGACAUGAAAACGGACUUUGAAAGCUGCCUGGGAGCAAAGCAAGGCUUCAAGGGUUUCCAGGUGGCGCCGGAGCAUCACGGCACCGCGGUCCCCUUCCAGUUCGAUGGAAAAGAGUACACGUUAAGCCACGGCUCCGUGGUCAUCGCCGCCAUCACCAGCUGCACCAACACGAGCAACCCGUCCGUCAUGCUCGGAGCCGGUGGGUGCGCUCCUUGCGAAAAAGCGAUAGAGCGCGGCCUGAGCGUGAAGCCGUACAUAAAGACCAGCCUGUCACCAGGCAGCGGCGUGGUCACCACCUACCUGAAGGAGAGCGGUGUCAUGGACUACCUCUUUCAGCUGGGCUUCGAGGUCGUCGGCUACGGUUGCAUGACGUGUAUAGGCAACAGCGGGCCCCUCCCCGAGCCGGUGGUGAGCGCCAUAACCCAGGGAGACCUGGUCGCUGCAGGCGUCCUAUCAGGGAACCGGAACUUCGAAGGGCGAGUCCACCCCAACACCAGAGCCAACUACCUGGCUUCUCCGCCGCUAGUCAUCGCCUACGCUAUAGCCGGCACCGUGAGGAUAGACUUUGAGAAAGAACCCAUUGGCGUUGACUCUGAAGGCAAAGACAUUUUCCUGAGGGACAUCUGGCCCACACGGGAGGAGAUCCAGGCUGUGGAGAGAACCUUUGUCAUCCCGUCCAUGUUCAAAGAAGUCUAUGAGAAGAUCGAGAAAGUGAACGAACGCUGGAACUCUCUGGUGGCUCCCUCUGACAAGCUGUAUACCUGGGAUCCCAAGUCCACCUACAUCAAGUCACCGCCGUUCUUCGACGGUUUGACCAUGGAGCUGAAGCCACCCAAGUCCAUACAUGACGCAUACGUGCUGCUGAACCUCGGGGACUCCGUCACCACGGACCACAUUUCUCCUGCCGGGAACAUUGCCAGGAACAGCUCUGCGGCCCGCUACCUGACCAACAGGGGUUUGAGCCCCCGGGACUACAACUCGUACGGCUCGCGGCGCGGCAACGACGAUGUCAUGGCCAGAGGGACGUUCGCCAACAUCCGCCUCUUUAACAAGUUCCUCAACAAGCAGGCGCCCCAAACCCUCCACCUGCCAACCGGAGAAACGCUGGAUGUGUUUGAUGCUGCGGAGAGAUAUCGGCAGUCCGGCGUCCCUCUGCUGGUUCUCGCGGGCAAGGAGUACGGCUCGGGCAGCUCCAGGGACUGGGCGGCCAAGGGCCCCUUCCUGCUGGGUAUUAAGGCGGUUGUGGCGGAGAGCUACGAGCGGAUCCACCGCAGCAACCUCGUCGGGAUGGGCGUGAUCCCCCUGGAGUACCUGGACGGAGACACCGCCGACGGCCUGGGGCUGACCGGCCGGGAGCGCUACACCGUCGUCGUCCCCGAGCAGCUCACGCCCCGGAUGAUCGUCGACGUCAAGCUCGACACCGGGAAGACCUUCCAGGUGCGGAUGAGGUUCGACACGGACGUGGAGCUGACCUACUUCCGCCACGGGGGCAUCCUCAACUACAUGAUCCGCAAGAUGUCCGAAAACUAACGGGCCGAGCGCGGCGGAGAGCCGGAGCAACGCGUGUCAUUCCCUAAUUCCCAGCUGCAAUCUAACAGGAAGUCAGGGUAGGGAGUUCAUGUAGCAGUUUACAGAAGAAUAACGUCCAAUCAGUGUCCAAGUACGGCCAUUUGUAAAGAGCUCAUUUACAGCCAGAAACCCUGCUAUUUUUGGAGAGAUGGAUAUAUAUAUAUAUAUAUAUAAGUUGCAGAUGUCAUUACAAUGUGGGUCUUACAUUUGUCUUUUAGGUCUUUAGCAGUUAUGUUUACAUCCACUCUCUAGAGCUGUUAUGAUUCAAACUGCAGUGCUCAGUCAGUAGUACUACGUAGUAGGUUAUCCUGUCAACCUCAAGUAAUUCAUUCCACCCCCCCCCACCCCCCCAUAACUGUGGGAAUGUUCACCUUGUAAAUAUUGCGUUGGGUUGCUCUAUCUACGUAAUGCACGGGGAUCACAGUGAGCAUGGGUUAAAGUGGAGGUCUUGUUGUUAGAUGAGUUUUUCCCCACAUGAUUUAGUAUGUUUUUUUCAUUCUCAACGGUCUCCACCAGCAUCAGAGACCACGAACCGGCCAAUCGCAGGAGCCGUCGUAGGCCCUUAAAGCAGAAGAAAGCCAGUCUACUUACUGUGCAUCUAGGCACAGGCCGGUUACCGGUUACCUGGUGUACCAAAAUUUGGAAAAGUCUCGCCUGUAAAACCACACACAAAAAAAAAGGUUCAGUCCUACCGUUCCUAAGGUAUGAGCUGCACAGAGAGUGCAGUUCAGAACUCCCUCUCUCUGCCAGUGAGCGGUGCUUUUAAAGCUAAAAUACGUUGUGUUCCAUGGAAAAAAAGUAACCCAUUUAUAGCCGUCAUUGCAAUACUGUGAAACUGCGGUCUUUGGACCUUCAGUAGCGGCAUAGAGCGGGGGUCAUGUGUAGUUCCUGUGCAUGAGGAGACGACGUAGACACGUCCUCCAGUUAAUAGUUUGACACUGUUCCACCAAUCAGCAGGGGGCAGUGAUGUGCAAUACACGCAGCAAAGGCAGGGAAGACAAAAGCCUGGGACCAUGGAUCAAAAGUCCACAGCCAUGCCUGUGUCCCUGGUUAGAAAUGACUAAAAAGACCCACGUUGUAAUGACGCUGAAAUCGUUCAAAACAAGGACCAAUGUUGACAUUCAAUAAUGUAUUGUUCACUUUAAACCAACGCGGAUGAGAAGUCCUUGAUGUGCUCAGAGAUUCAGCUCUCCCGUGACUGGGGGGGGGGGGGGUCUUGUAACAUGAUGUAAAGCUCCUGUAUGGAGCACGUGGGGGGUUGUUAACUCAGGGAUUAUGUGGGUUAUAAUAUCGGUGGUGCAGGACCUUUUUUAAAAACAAAGGAACACUUUGAGUGUGUACUAUUAAAGCACGCUGGUGAUAUACUUUCACACAGUAAUGGUUAUGUUGCACAUCGCUCAGCUGUUUCCAUCCCGACGACCCCGCCACGGGCUAACGGUAACACGCCCGUCGGUUCUUCAGCCAUUCCAAACGUCGUCAUGAUGUUAUUGACUGCCUUAAUAACUGCAUAUAUGAUCGCCUUGAUUCCCAUGUUUGUUCCCUGCCCUUUUACCUAAAACACUUAUCAUUUUGAUCAUCAAGUGCCACACGCUGUCUGAAUGCAUUAACUGAUUACCUGGCAAACCGAAUAAAAUGUGAUUAUUU